ACGACGCUUGUCGGGAGUACUUUCGACAAGAUGGCGGACGAGGAUAUUACGCUUGAUGGACAGCCUUUGCAAUCCCUCCGUGUCGCCGAUUUGAAAGCCGCGCUGGAGCAGAGAAAUCUGCCCAAAAGUGGGGCGAAAAACAAACUCAUCCAGCGACUGAAGGGGGCUCUGAUGCUGGAGAACCUACAAAAGUCGUCCACCUCUCACAGCGGACUGCAGCCAAACUCUCAGAUCGGAGAGGAGAUGAGUCAGAAUAGCUUCAUCCAACAGUAUCUGGCCAAGCAGCAGGAACUCCUCAGUCAUAGGCAGGAGCGAGAAGCCCAGCUUGAGGAGGAGACCGACGAAAGCUCAGCAAUGCCGGAAGAGGACGAAGACCAGUCGGACAACGACAGCUCCUCCUGCGUCUCCGACAAGCAGAGUCACCCUGUGGCAGAGAGGGCGGGAUCUCUGAGGGGCGAAGGUUCAAUUUCACGUAGGCCAGAUGGCGCUUCCGGCCACCAGGAGGACCCGGAAGCCCCCGGCGCCAGGAUGCACAGCGCCACUUUUCCUCAAGGACACAAGGAGCCCCCGGCACCUUCUCCUCCCCGCGCCGUGGCCUCCCUGUCGGUGCGCGUCCUGGGCCAGCCGGACCGCCAGGGGCUUCCCCCGCCCUUGUCCAGAGCCCAAGAGAAAGAAGGCGUCGCGCCCAGCGAAACCGGAUCGGCCCAUUCCGUGCUCCACCUCAGCCGAUCGGCCGGCGUCUCAGCCGGAGGUCGGGUCCGGGAGGACAGCGACGACGAUGACGACGACGAUGACGGUAGCGGGGAUGAUGAAGAUUGGGGGCCCGGGCCCGGCGGUGCCCGAAAAGGCAACCGUGCCCCGACGCGACCUCCGCAGAUGCCCGCCGGUGUGGCGAGGUCCAAACGUAAGCUUCAGCCUCCGCAGCACAUCCCGCCGCCGCAGCCGCACCACAACCUGAUGCAGCUCCGCCACCCGACGCCCCCUCCCUCGCCACCCCCUGACCUGUUUCCCCUCCCGGACACCCCCAAGCAGAGCCCACCGGACACCGACGACAAGGAGGGGGAAAGCUCCGGAGCGCCUGGCGACUCGCAGAGGCGAGACUCUGACUCGAGAUCCCGCUCCAGCAGUCCCGAGCCCCCCUCGAAGCGCAAAGCGGGCCCACUUUCUCUGCUGGUGCACAAGAUGGAGUCAGAGGAGGCGCAGACCAGCGCGGCUACUGGCGAUUCCCCGGAGGGGAGCGAGAAGAAAGAAAAUGAGAUGGGCGGCCGCAAAGAGGAACUGACAAAAACGCGAGAUGGAGAAGAGCUUGACGAGAAAAAGCAGGCAGGCAACGAUAACCACAGGGCCGAGGCCCGCGAGUCGGGUUCCUCGUCUGAUUCGGACUCGCGUUCCGACCCCUCGUCCAAAUCCUCUUCGUCCUCGUUCGUCAGGGUUCAGUCACGCCGUGUGAAACAGACCAAGACGGCCCAGCCUGGACACGGCGCAGAUAAGGAGACGACGGGGACGGGGACAGAGAAAGGAGAACUCCGCAAAAGGGCCGUGUCCGAGCCCACAGAGGUAGCCGUGUCCAAGGCGGAACCCCGCGCCGAGGCAGGGGAGCCGGCGCCGGAUGCCGAGCCCGUCGACGGCGAGGGCCGCCUGGAGGAGGGCACCGCUCCAAAAGGUUUUGCCGUCCGCAAGAUCUCCCUGACCAGCAAUAAGACGCCGCCCACCGACACCGAGGGAGGAGCCGGAGACGCCGACGCCGCAGGAACAGCGGUGAGGAAAAGACGUUGGGGCUCCAGCACGGCGGUAACCGCCAAGAAGCCAUCCAUCAGCAUCACUACCGAGUCACUCAAGUCUCUAAUCCCAGAUAUCAGAUUAGCCCAGGAGGCCGUGGUGGACCUUCACCCAGAGGAGCUGCAGCUCUCCGGAGACGAGGGCCCCGCGGACAGCGGUCAGGGCGACGAGGAUGAGGGCCUCAAGAUCCGACGCACGGUUACGCAGGUGGUCCCCGGGGACGGCCAGGAGAACGGGCAGGCCGGCGAAGACGAGGACGCCGAGACAGCGGAGCAAGAAACCUUGCGACCGACCCCGGUUGACCAGUCUAGGCAAGCUCCUGCUGAGAAGAUUCCUGAGAAGGUCGACGAAGAUGUGAAGAAAGUUCCCCCAGCCGACGGUUUGGUGCGUCGCUCCAUCAGUCAGCAGCGGUCCGGCGUGUCCAUCACAAUCGAUGACCCCAUCCGAGCCACGCGGCGGCCCUCGCCACCCCGCGGAAAACUGUCAAAUAUCAUCCAUGUGACCAACCUGGUGCGACCUUUCACCCUGGGCCAGCUCAAAGAGCUUCUGAAGCAAACGGGCAACGUGCUGGAGGAGGGCUUCUGGAUCGACAAAAUCAAGUCGCACUGCUACGUCACUUACGCUACGACAGAGGAGGCGGCGGCUACCAGAGAGGCUCUUCACGGGGUCAAGUGGCCUCAGAGUAACCCCAAAGUGCUCGGUGUGGACUUCUGUGAACAGGAUGAGCUCGACUUUCAUAGAGGUUUGCUCAAGCCAAACCGCGAAGAGCCGCAAGUCCCGCAACCCGUCCCGCCGCCCAGCCGGCCGCCCCCACUCAUGCCCGAGCGGGACAGGGAGCGAGACCGGGACCGCGAAAGGGAGCGAGACCGUGAGAGAGAGCGAGACCGCGGCACACCCAGCGUGCGGGACCUGUGGGCUGAGCGGCAGCGACAGAUGGAGCGCCGCGAGCGAGCCCGGGGGGAGCGCGAGUGGGAUCGCGACAAGAUCCGAGAGUUCUCGAGGCCGGGGGCGGACAAGGGGGAGCGGCGCUCCAGGUCCCGUGACCGAGAGCGGCGGAGGCGGGAAAGGCCAAAGAGCAAGGAGAAGAAGCCUGACAAGAAGGCAGAGAAGGUGGACGAGCCUCCCGCAAAGCUGCUGGACGACUUGUUCCUCAAGACCAAGGCGGCCCCUUGCAUUUACUGGCUCCCGCUCACUGAAGAACAGGCGGCGCUGAGGGUGCAGGAGCGCAGCGAGCGGCAAAAGGAGCGAGAGCGGCGACUCAAGGAGCUGCAAGACGAGCAGGAAAAAAUGCGGGAGGAGCGCAAGAAAGAGCGGCUGAAGGCCCGCGAGAAAGAAGACAGAGGCGGAGGAGCGCCGGCGUCCGGAAGGGCGGCCGACGCGGAGCGGGAGAAGGAGCGAUGCCGCAACAAAGAGGGCGAGCGGAGGCGGGAAGGCGGGUGGCCGCCGGCCGGGCGGCGCUCCCGUAGCGGAAGCGAGAACCGAGACAGGCGCCGCUGAAGCGCGCGGAAGAGGAGCGGCAGACUCCCUCGUGAUGUGGCGUCCGUUUGGAGGGGGCAGCGUUGUCCUCCUGAGGUUUGAGAGGCCUUUUUGGGUUUUUUUUUUUUUUUUUUUUUUUCUUCCCCUUCCUUCUUCUGUGGUUCCGCAGUUUAUUCCUCCCAAAGCCCUAUAAUAAAGUUUAAAAUAGAUUCCCACGUCCUUCAAAACCUUUCUCGAAGCAGUUUGUCUUUCCACUUGCUUCAGCUCUGAACUUUUUACAAACCAGAGACGAUUCUUUGUUUAGGGUUUUUUUUUUUUUUUACAUUUGAUCUUGUUGAAACACAUUUUUUAAAAAAAAGUAUCAUAGUACUUGUUGAUGUCAAGAAGACGAGACAGAGCUCCCCCCUCUGUAAAAUCCUAUUUCCAUUACUCACAAAAAAAAAGUGAGGGAACCUCUGGGCUUUGGGGUGAAAUUUCAGGAUGAACCGGAAAUACUCUGUGAUCUCGAGUCCAGAUCCGUUCUAAACUUUUGAGCGUCUAACUUGGGUUGGUGGUUUGACAUGAGUUAGUAGAAAAGUGUUGACUUGCGGACGAUCUCGCAUAUUUCAAGUUCAUCCCGUAUUUUGCGCUCCAAGCCAAAGAUCUUGACCUCUUUGUAGUGCAUCGAACGAUCCAAGCUGUUUGUCUUCUAGCUAAGAGAUGAAUUUUGUUUUUAGUUGAGAAUUUGAUUUUUGUUGUUGUUGCUGAAUGUACCAAGUUAUGACAAAUAAGUU